ACUUUGCACAAAUUUACAAAUCUGACAACCAGCAUGUCUUCAGCGGUGUCGAGUGUCUCGAGGACUCCUCUCCUCCCAGACAUUAACAAUCCACAUGAACACAGCAAAAUAACAACAUACAAGUCCAUCCCGCCGAACUCCAUCUCUUCUGCUGGAGAGAAAAGUCAAAUCCGCAGUGAGCUUGAUAUAGCGCAAUUCAGGAAGCCUUUACGGCAAAAUGUUUGCGUGGGGAUGCUGCGGGAGGGCUUCCACCGCUCGUUUGCUGAGCUGUUUGCGCUGCUGCAACAAUGGGACGCAGCGGAAGAUCAUCCGCAAAAACUAAAGACACUGGAGCUUCAUCUCACCAGUGCGGAGUCUGCAGAGAGAGCCGGACAGUAUGGGGAGGUGUACGAGCAUCACCUGUCUUUGGCCACGUUCUUCACUGAGCCACAGGAUGUCUGGUUGAAGCAUCAUUUCUUUCAGCUGGCCCUGCAUUCAGCUCGCAAAUUCAAAAUGGACUCUGGCAAAAGAGAGGCUGAGGCCAACUUACACAUGGGCCAGGUUUAUUUAGAGAAGGGUCAGCUCGAGCAAGCACACAAGCAUUGUGAGGUAUUUUAUCACAUGAGCAUGGGCCGUGCAUGGCAGGACACCAGCCGCACACAUUACUCUCGCUCAUGCAAAGAGCUUUGGAGAGUAUACACACUGCUUGCAGACCGACUGCUUCAGGACCAAGACUAUAUAAAAGCUAUUAAGAUGUUCACCAAGGCCUACGAGAUGGCAAAAGAAUCGGGAGAUCGAGAGCCAGAAGGAGAGGCAGCUUAUAGAUUGGGCCUGGUUUAUCAGAGCAUCGGAGAACAAACCACUGCUAAACAGUUUCUCAGUGUGUAUAUGGAGAUCUCCACAACACUUGAAGAUACAGACAGCCUGGGGAGGGCAUAUAAAGCUAUUGCCACAUCCCUUAAGAGUGAAGGCAAAAUCACAGAAGCAAUUGAAUAUUUGGAGAAGUUUGCUGAGAUUUCUCUAAGCAACAAACAGGACAGAAAUCUCGAGAGAGCCUACAUGUGCCUAGGAACCAUCCUCAACUCGAGAAGGCAGUAUGAUGAGGCUCAUGUAUAUUUUGAGCGUGCAUAUGAGGUUGCAUGUAAUCUGGCAUCGGUGCCAAGGCUGCAGAAGGCUCAGGUGUGUGUGGGCAGUGCUCGAGCACUCAGCAUGCUGCAGGCAUAUCACAAACACAUAGAGACCUCUGGAUGCCAGAACAUCCAGAGAAUCAUCAGCUGGAAGGAGAAAAGAGAGGACACCUUCACUCCAGAGAGCAAGAAAUGAAGAGAUGAAUGGCGGACAGUGGAGAGUGAGCGGAAAAGUUUACUUGAAGGCUGAACUGAAGUCUUAUUCUCAAAAGUUAACCUUACUGUAUUUAAUCUCUUUUAAAUCUCCCUCAUAAAGGUUUAGUUAACCAAAAAUGAAUGUUUUGUCAUCAUUUACUCACCCUUACAGGUUGGUCCAAACCCAUAUGACUUCUGUCUUCUGUGGAACAUAAAAGAAGAAAUUAGGCAGAUGAUAUUGACCUUAAGAAAUACUUUUGUUGGUGUAACCUAAUGCAGGGGUUUCCACUAUUUUAAUGCAAAGAGCACCAAAUAUUAAGAUCCCUUUGCAAGGUACCCCUUUUCUAAAACAUAAAGAAUGUAUAUUUUCAGGGG